GUGAUCCUGGCAGUGAGCAGUGACUACUUCCUCAGCAUGUUCACCUUGGGAAUGAGAGAGUCCCGCCAGCAGAAGGUGACCAUGCCCCUGCUCUCGGCAUCGGAGCUGGAGGUUCUGAUCACCUGCUCCUACAGCGGAGUUCUCCAGCUCAGCUGGCAGUGCAUCUUCGAGGCGACCAGCACGGCCCUCCAGCUCCAGUACCAGCCGGCCCUCGCCUUGUGCCUCAGCUUCCUGCAUCAGGAGAUGAACCCUCACACCUGCCUCGACGUGGUUUCCUUCGCCGAGGCCUACGAGGUGCCACAGAUUCUUGAAGUGGCAAAUGAUUUCAUCCUCCGGCAGUUCCAAAAGGUGGCGUCCACCUCAAAGUUCAAGGACCUUCCGGGCAGGCAGCUCUUCAAGUACCUGAAGAGCCGAUCGCUCUGCGUUUCGUCCGAACUCGUCGUCUUCAAAGCUAUAGUCUCCUGGAUCCAGGCAAAACCCAGGACAAGACUUGGACUGUCUCCAGUCCUGAUGAAAACCGUUCACUUUCCCCUGAUGACCUUCAAGGAAUUCAAAGAGGUCCGAUCGAACGACAUGUGGUCCAACAAUAAGCUGAGGCCGCUGUACGACGCCAUCUUUGAAGACUUCUGCUCCGAUGAGGCCGCCCUGCAGAACCAGUGUCGAGUCUACCUGCCCAAAGAGAGUCUGGUUCUGACCGGGGGCGAGCAGAUAUCCGACGACCUGGGAAGCCGCAGCAUCAGCAAAGAGCUCUGGUUUGGAAACUCCCUGAGGAACCUCACAGGUAUCCGGAAGGCCAUGGAGUGGAGACGACUGGGAGAGAUGCCCGAGCCGGCCAGGUUCAGCCACGAGGCGGCCGUGCUGAACGGACAGCUCUACGUCUUCGGAGGCAAGAAGUACUACGGCAACGGAGACGUCUUGAAUUCUGUCUACAGGUUCGAUCCCCUUCAGAACUCCUGGGAGAGCCUGGCAGGGAUGCUGGAGAAGAGAAGCUCCUUCUCAGCGGUGGUUCUGGAUGGAAAGAUCUUGGCUAUCGGUGGACAAUCUGAGUCCGGCUUUACAGACAGUGUGGAGCGGUACUGCCCCGCGACAAAUACCUGGAGCUUCUCGUGGCCUUUAGACCUGCCUCUGAGCGGACACGUUGCCAAAAUCUUACACGGGAGGAUUUUUGUCUCCGGGGGAAGAAACGCCGACUACCCGUGCGUGGCGUCCAUGUUUCUCUACCACCCGGAGACGGGGAGCACGUACCUGGCGAGCAUGGCGAGCCCCCGGGCCCACCACUGCAUGGAGGUCCUGGGCGGGCGGCUGUACGUGGCGGGCGGGGUCUGCUCGGGGCCCGGCGCCGACGUGGCGGACCAGCUCUCCUGUGAGGUGUACUGCCCGGCGGCCGACGCCUGGGCGGCCUUCGCGCCGCUGCCGGUGCCCCACGUGGGCGCCGGCAGCGCCGUGCUGGAGGGGAAGCUGUACGUGCUGGGCGGCUACAGCCAGGAGGACUACAGCGACACCAAGACGGUGCGCCGCUACGACCCCGCCGCCCAGCGGUGGGAGAACAUGGGCAAGAUGCCCGGGCCCAACAACGACAUCCGAGCGUCUGUGCUGUGUUUGCCGGAACACUUCCGAUCGUAG